GGAAGAGGAAGAAAGUGCAGGUUAAGCCAAACACACACGACCUUUGUUAUCGGCAUCGCCGUCGCGGCAGUGAAGAAGGGAGAUGAGGAGGUUUAGGGUUUGGCCUCCAUCUCCAUCGCCAUGGCCGCUGCUCGCUUCCCGCCCUUGCCCUCACUCCCACCACCAUCGCAGUCCCUUCCACGCCUCCGCCAACUCCGGCGCCCGCCAAGGUCAAGGCAAUUUUAUUCUACCUGGUGCAACGGCAGCAACUCUUGUCAUGUUUGGUAUUCUACAUGCUAGGCGUAUGUACGAAGACCAAAAAGUUGUUGAAAGGAAGGAGAAAGGAAUUGAGCCGGAAUUCUCACCAGAUUUCAAGGCUUCAUUUCUCAGGCUUCUGCCAUUGCGUUCGAUGUCACGUUUAUGGGGAUCCUUGAUGGAAGUGGAACUUCCAGUGUUCAUGCGCCCUGCCAUCUAUAAAGCAUGGGCUAGAGCCUUCCACUCCAAUUUGCAAGAAGCUGCUAUGCCACUAGAAGAAUACCCUUCUUUACAGGCAUUCUUCAUCCGUAGUCUCAAAGAAGGUUCAAGGCCCAUUGAUGCAGACCCAAACUGUCUGGUGAGUCCUGUGGAUGGUAAAGUUCUGCGGCUUGGAGAACUUAGAGGUCCAGGAACCAUGAUUGAGCAAGUGAAGGGCUUUUCUUAUUCUGCUGCUUCUCUUCUCGGUGCAAGUUCAUCUCUUCAUGGUGCUGAAGAAGAAGAUUUUUCUAGAGAGCAUACAGAACAAAGUAAUCCCGCAGAUUCAAAUGCAAAAUCAUGGUGGCGAGUAUCAGUGGCUAAACCCAAAUUAUGGGAUCAAACUCUGCUGAGCCCAAAGAAAGGCAUCUUCUAUUGUGUCAUUUAUUUACACCCUGGUGAUUAUCAUCGAGUUCACUCUCCUGUUGAUUGGAACAUUAUAAAGCGCCGACAUUUCUCAGGUCAUCUCUUCCCCCAAAAUGAACGUGCCGUGCGGACCAUCAGAAACUUGUAUGUUGAGAAUGAAAGGGUAGUACUUGAAGGGCAGUGGAAGGAAGGCUUUGUUGCAAUUGCAGCCAUUGGUGCUACUAAUGUUGGCUCUAUCAAACUAUAUAUUGAACCAGAGCUAAGGACAAAUAGGGCAGGGUCGAAGAUACUGAACUCCCAGCCUGAGCCUCCUGAUGAUCGAGUUUAUGAACCUGUAGGCACCGGUGUGAUGGUUAAAAAGGGGGAAGAGAUAGCAGGGUUUAAGAUGGGAUCGACGGUGGUGAUGGUAUUUGAGGCACCUGUAGUGUCCAAGGCAAGAUGGAGAGAGGAUGGCAGUGGCACGGUAACGUCAGAUUUCGAUUUCUGUAUCAAGGCUGGCGAUAGGAUCAGGGUAGGAGAAGCCAUUGGGCGAUGGACAUCGCGGGAAUGAAUGAAUGAAGGCAUGGCAUGGCAUCUCUCUCUAUAUAUCUUGUGUUAACAUGAUGGAUGAUGAGUAUCGUCGUCGUAUCAAUGUCUCUUUCGUUUUUAUUUUUGAGCUGCGGUGCCGGUGCAUGCUACUACAAAAAGACUUGUAUCUUCUGUAGGGAAGUAAAGGAAACUAUUGCCAUUUUGACUUGACUUGGGCGAUUUGAGAGAGAAUGAUAUUCUUGUUACUCAGCAGUUUUAAGACU